CCUUAUCCCCCACAUUGCUUACUUGCUUUUAGGGCCUGAGGCACCCACCCAAUUUUGCAGCCGACGCAUCCCUUUAUCCAAAUUCUUUCCUCUCGUUUUAUUACCCGUCAUCCACGACUGCAAUUCAUCUGGUUCCCCAACCCACUUAGCCUAACCCAUCAAACGCAUUCCAGAUUGAUAAUAUUUUUUGAUUUUAUUCCGGCAUCCCGAGGAUCUUGACGCCUUGGAGUGUCGCACAGCGCGAUUAACCGGUCGGAAACCAGCACGAAAUCGCUGUGCUCUCUCUCUGCCCAGCAGAGUCCCAGACCGCAAGCGCCAGGCCGGGGUUUGUCUUCUCCCUCGCGCUGCCACGCGUUAACGCCCAGAGUGGCCGCCCCCCAUCUGAAGCCAUUCCUCAUGGUAGCGCAAGGACUUGUACGGUAGAUGGAACACUCUGUUUCCAGAGUCAAUGACUAUCAUCGCCGGUAACUCGGUCCACAUUCAAUCCUAACUCGGACUUUGUUCGGUUCCCAGACUCGGAUCAGUCGGAUGCAAAAUGGCGUCCGAUUAUUUAAGCGAUUAUCAGCAGAUUCUUCGGAAUCGUCCUUUACCGCCGCCGCCACCUCAAGUAGAUGACCAUGUCAGGCGGGUCGAGGAGCUCCGUAAGGCCCUCGAAUUCAAAGACCAGGCUGCUGCUGAGGAAGAACUGGCCGCUUAUCAAGCAGAGCAGCAGACUAUGGAAGCUGAGAGGGCUGAGAGACAGAGGCUGUUCGAUGCCGCCCUUGAUGGACUUGAGUCACUUGACCAUGAUGCCGCCUGGCGUGAAUCUCAAGAGUCAUUCAAGAAGAUCUUGGACCGAUUUUAUGAGCAGAAAAAGUCGACUCUGUUUGAUAAAUAUGAGAAAGCCAAGCAACAGCGCGCGGCCAUGCGCAAAGCUGAGGAACAUGCCUUGGAUAAACAGAUAUAUGAGAGGAUAAUAUCCCAACGCCGCCAUUCCAUGACCACAACUCCGAGUCAGGAGAAAAUACAGCCCCUCUCAACUCCAGAGGUUGUUGCCCCGAGGACUCCGGCCGAAACGCCUCCGCCGCUAGACUUGGUUCCCCCUACUUCGGACCGGCGGCAGUCUACAUCCAAUGCAUCCACCAAUCCUCCUGACAGCACAUCCUUGACCUUGUUGACGUCGCCACAGCACUCUGAUGUUCCUCCACAUCCACUAGCUGGCCAGUCAGAUGGUGCCACCCCAGCCAUGACAACCUCGCCAGAGGUUUCCGCGUCAGUUCUCCCACCUGCGACAAUGAAUCUUGCCACUAUCCAGGCUUCGCAGAGCAAAGCAUUGGAACCGAUCUCGCCCGUCGAUGCAGAGGAUGUGAAUAUUCACGAAGCUCUUUCACAAGCGAAGCUUUUGUCCAAGCGUGCUCGCGAGGAUGAUAUUUUGCUGUCAAAGUCCAAACGUGUCAGGACGAAAGCGGAUCAGAUCGCACAGAAAACAUACGGCAUCGAUGCAAAUGCGAAUGCUGUUGAUCAGACUCCGUCGGCAAAGGUGGUUCACAGCCGCAAAGGAAGCACCACCUCUGGCACAACUGUUCCAGAGAGUGCACAGGACCUGGAAACCCAUCAAGACUCCUUCCUGCAGGCCUCAGCAAACAGCUCUUUGUCUGAUAUGGAUACAGGCUCUUCAGGCGAGAAGCUUGAGCAGCAUGAGACUGACGUGAAUUCAAGGACAAUCACGAUGAAAGAGAUAAGGAGCGACAAAGCCUAUGGCAAGCAAAGGUACCACUUUAUAAUUCAACAGGACGGCAACUUUUGGAUAGCAAAGUGCACUGAACAUGGCGUCCAUUUUGGGAAAAAUGUCAAGCAAGGGGCGGCAAAGCAUCUCAAUGGUAAGGCCCAUGGCUUGAGCAGACACCGUGACCAAGUACUGCGCCUGCUUGGCUAUCGGAUCACCGACUGUACAGAGAAACUGGCAAAGGAGAACAACGAGGAUUUUGAGGCCAAGUUGAAGAACGGCUACAAACCUUUAAACUUGAUUCAACACGGGAAGCCAGAUCAUGUCGAUGUUGAAGAAAAAGUUUCAUCCCCAAAGGUGACACAUCAACCUCCAGAGCCCAAGAAAAGUUUAAAACCAUCAACUGUGUCUAGAACUCAACCUGUCGCCGGUGACCUGUGGGUCGGCUAUAUCGAGCGGGAAAAGGUUCACUAUGGGGUACGGAUCCUACCUCUGGUUGCCGACAGCAACGACCCAUUCCUGCUGCCGGUUGGCAGAACGCCGCUUUGGAAAAAGGAUACCGACCUACAGGACCUGCCGUCAUGCUACAUUGCAAGUGGCCCAGACGAUAUCCAAUGGGCACCGGGCUACGAGGAUGGUGGGCCUCGGGUCGAGGAACGCGAGUAUCCUGUUUUGGUGUUUGACGGCGAUGAAACUUACGACUGGAUUUCUUUAGCGAACCUGGAGCCUUUUGAUCUUGAAAAGAAAGAUAAAAAGGUAUCUCGAUGGAGGCAUGCGCGGGAUGAGUACGCCAGGCUGCGUGGGUACAAGGACUACUUGCACAUGCAGACGGACUUUGGCGGAACGAGGACAAACAGACGCAUGUCUGAGUAUCCGGUUCCGGGAAAAAUGUAUGCGACGCAAUUCAAAGAGGAUGACGAGAACGGGGUUUUUGGAGUCAUGGUGUUGCCGUGGCUCCCUGAGCUUGCCGAGAAAUGCCCCAAGGCAGUCAGAAGCCACGUGGAUCGGCUUAUGAAGGUCCAAAAGGAUGAUUGGAUCCCGGAUUGUUAUUUGACGACUCCCGAGCCGAAAAUCAUUGGCUGGGCCCCUGAUUACGCAGACGGCGGCAAAUCUGUCCCUGAUCGCCAGUAUCCCGUACGAUGGUUCGAUUCGGGAGGUCACGUCGGCUGGGUACACGGUUCCACUCUGCUUGGCUUUGACUUUGAGAAUGACCAUUGCGGUCAGGAUAAGAUACAAAGGUUCAGUCAGGCUAGAAUGGAAUAUGCCAAGAUCUUUGGCUACAAAAACUACGCAGACAUGAAGGCCAAAGCAGGCAUUCCCGAGACGAUGUCACGGCCAAUAUCGGCGGGUAUAGUAUUGGAGCCUGACUCUGAGUCUGAGGACUCUGAGUCCGAGCCUGACACCGAGGGCUUGGACAAAGAUACGAGCAAGACGGAAGACCAGGCCGCGGAACAAGGCUUCGAGGAGAUGGAUCUGGACGCGGAUGCGGACGAUCAAAUCACUGGCUCGGGUACUAGUAACGACGAUGCCAUGCCGAUGGACCUGGAUGUCGACGAUCAUCAAACUGCAUCUGGCGACAAGGCUUCACAGCCGGGGGAGACGACUGUUACCGAUAGCGACAAAGCGAUGCCGAUGCCGCAAACCUCUCCCGCUACCGACUAUGCUACGGUGUCGGUCGUCUCAACUUUGCAGCCGACGACGGAGGGGGUGGAUGUGGCCACAGCGAAGAAGAUGGCAACGGUGCCAACCAAGACAACUUCACAAUCCGUCCCUGUGCGCUCGGUAACCGACCCACGCGCUCAAAGCGUUGACGGACCCAUCUCCACAGGCCGCAGAGCAUCAUCACAGCACGAAACAAUACAGAAACAACCUGCACGGGCAACCAGCUUACCCGCUGUUGCUCCUGCGACUCAUGUGGAAGUUGCUAAAGCUCAAGAGUUGGAGAGAAUGAGACGUGCGCCCCUGAGGUUGAAGAAGAAGGUUCCUCCCAUCGGCCCACGGCCGAAUGCGAACUGGGUCAUUGUUCCUCGCGUGGAAAAGCCCGCAAACUCACCGAAGGCCGUCACAGAGACGUCGCCUUCGGCCCGCCAGUCGCCACAUGCGUUUACCACGGCUGGAGAGACGACUCGGGCGGCCGGAGUUCCUGCUGUUUCUCAGCCGCAGACGCCAUCUCAACCCCCUGGAACGGCAACUAAUGAGCUAGAGGUUACAACUUCGCAGCCUACCAGCAGCGAAAAAACUUCGGUGGUUACCGCGCCUCUCAUCGCAAACACAAAGUUUCCCAAGCCAGCAACGCAAACUGAGGCCUUCCCUUUGAGGACCAACCCUAACCUGGCACUUCCACGUCGGCCGCACGUUAUGGAACCUGGCGGCUAUAUGAUGACUGACCAGGCACCGCAGACUUUGACGCAGCCAGCUGUGCCAGUCCUCAACCCUCAGGGAUGUGCUGGGAUUCCUGCAAAACCUGCAAAUAUCAAGGCUCCUGCUCUACCCUCUAAGCCUGCUGCACCACCUAAAACGGUCGGAUCUAAAGCUCGAACGAUUGAUGUGGGUGCCCGUAUGCCUGUUGCCCCGAUGGCAGUGAUGGGUCUGCCACAACCUGGGGCGCAAAUUGAGAUUCCGACCCCAACUAGCCAGCUACAAGGGCAAACCCGACGGUCGGCACCCCAGAUGCCCGUUGCCCCGAUGGCAGUCGUAGAUCUACCCGAGACUCAGACCCCAAAGAAGAUUCCGGCACCGACUAGCCAGGGGCGAGACCAAAUCGGGAAACCGGGCCUCCAAAUGCCUGUUGCCCUGAUGGCGGCCACAGGUCAGCCUGAGGCCCAGACUUUGACUUCAACCCUGGCUAGCGAGGGUCCAGGGCAAAGCCGAGAGUCAGGUGCCAUUCAGCAACCUUCAACAUCCCUAUCGUUUUUGAUGCAAACAGCUAGGAACGCGCUCCAGGCCGCUCAACCCACUGCGGCCCAUGAAGCAGGCAGCGUGGCAAUUGAGGGUUCCAUACCGGAUCGAGGUGGUUUGUCUAUUAACACGAGCCUAGCUAACAGCAAGCCGCCAAAUGCCACACUGACCUCAUCGGCCACUCCCAGCCUAUCGGCGCUCAGGAAACAGCUUGACAGCGAACCCUUGAUGCUGUGCGCAUACUCUGCGGCGGCCACCGAGGCUCAACUCGCCCAGAACCAGCAGACCUUUGCAGCAGAGUCGUUGUUCGUCGCCAUCGACCGCAGCUCUGGCGUGGUCAAAUCCGUCCCGGGCAUGCCGAUUCAAAUUCUCAUCAGGCCCAGGGAAGUCAAGCGCUUCCUGGUGGAGCGGCUUGAUGACGGCACGGGCAGGGCGACUCUCUUUAUGAGAGGCGACGAGCCGGUGCAACGCCUGCAUUUCGCCAACAUGCCCGGUGAAAAUAAUAAGAAAGUUCUCCCGGGUUGGCGCAGCUGCAGUUUUCUGCGGGGAUAUGUGGAGGGUUUUGACGAAGGUGUAACUGUCGAGCGUAUUUAGCCCCCAAGGCUUGUGAUGGUUGGCACUGAAUGUUUUCUCUCCUUUGUCAUUUUCCCUUUUUUCGCCUUGGUCUGCGCGAAAAACAAAAGCUUGUGGACUUCAAGGGGCUUCGCAUGUUGCGGAAAGCUGCACGUCACGUUGUAGCUGCAGCUUUUUAGUUUCACAGUCCGCUUCUAUGUCUUUUUUGUUGCAUACCUAGGUUACCCUACUGUCGGAACUCACCGACAGGUUCUGCUUAGCAUUGCCAGCACACGUGCAGCAACAUUUAGGGGGUACAGCAUCUCUGUAACCGGCUUGACAGGACGGCUCUGCAGAAACCAAGUUUCUUUUUAAAAGUUUCAGGAGACACUCAGACAGUGGUUCUGUGUUCAUUAUGUUUAGAAUAUUUAGGAAACUCAAAUUCUGUGUCAAAGCAACUUGGGCUUGAACCUGCCUUCAUACAUUGGCGUGAAUGACACUGUGGCUUGCGAUGCCCGGGAUAUAAAUCCAGGGUAGGUUAUGAUUGGAUGCAGUGUCUUAAAGGUGUGGCUGAAAUAUCUGGUUGUUGUUCAUUAGGUACUCCCUUCACCUUGCCUACCUACAGUAAAUAGCCGAGGUACAUUGGAUCGACCGACACUUUGCGUUGACUGACGUGUCCAUCUGAAAGUUCCCAAAACUAGAUGCUUAAGAUAGGUCACUGAUGCGAUGAUAUUGAAGGCUAAAUGGGAUAGUGCUACUUGGACCGCAGUUCACCUGGGCUAUCAUUUUAGGAUUUAGUAAACAACUCAGGUAUUUUUAUUUUAAGCAGCAAGGCAAGUCAAUAAUCACAUGCAUGCAUUCGAUUCUGUUCUUGGCCCCGACAAGUGGG